GCAUUAAUACAUCGGCUGCGAUUGAACGUAUAUAAAAGAAGCAAGAUUCUACCGGACAAAUCACAAGUGAAUCCAGACCCCUCUUAAAUUGUCAAAUAUCUAAGAUACAGACGAAAAUGUUGAGUUCGGUUGUAGUCACUACCCUCUUUGCCUGUGUCUCUGCUACAUUCUACAAAGGAAGUUUUGAACCUCAGUCUGGAUACCAGAGAUUUGUAGGGUAUGGACCAAUGAACUCAAACUUUGGCAUGAUGGGAUAUGGAAAUCAGAACGACAUGUUCAAUGAUGGAUAUCUCAAUGUUGGAGUUGGUGGAUUUCAGAACCGCGGAUUAAUGGGUGGAUAUCAGAAAGGUGGACUCGGAGGAUAUUUCAAAGGUGGAAUGGGAGGACAAUUUAAUGGUGGAAAUAUUGGACAUUAUAAAGGAAUAAUGGAUUUUGGAUUUGAAGGAUGGAACAAUCAUGACGAUGGUUUCGGAAUGGGGAAUCAAGAUUUCGGAAGUUACCCGAUAUUUUUAAACAACGGACUUGGAAAUAUGGGAGGUGCAUAUGGUAUCAAAGGAUUUAAGACAGGAAGCUAUUAGGUGAAACACUAAUAAGGAUGGCACAACGAGGCUGAAGACAACAGAAGAUUUUAGAAAACACUCAAUUGUUUAUGUUUAUUUUUUAUAAUAAAAUUUUUUGAUCCCCCAAAAAAUAAUUGUAAAUAAGGUAACUAUUUUCACAAAUUCUGCAGAUCCACGUGAAAGAAUAAAUGUUACUCUUCCACUAUAAAUA